AUGGGUUUGUUUCAGUUUCUCCUUUAUAACAAUUUGACAAAUGUAUACUCCUGUAUCUUUUCAGCUACCUGUUUACCGCUGGGAACCUAUCGUGGAUAUCAAUACACUGGUGCAUAUUCCUCAGACAUUGGAACUGUACUUGGUGUGUCAUGUCGUACCGGCUAUACUAGUAAGGAUAGCAUUAACUCAAUAACAUGCCAGGCAAAUGGAGCAUGGACACCUCUUCCUGUAUGUUCUGGAGGUCAGGUUCUUGUGAAAUUGCAACCUCCGUCAAUUGGUCCUGCCCCUGUAUCACACACAGUCAACUACCUGAAUGGAUCAAGUACAGCACAGGUUGGACUAGGUUAUUUACCACAAUGUCGGGCUACAGGACGGGAUGCUGGUGGUAGUGGUCAGUAUUUACGACUGACUAAUACUGAUACCAGUACAACUGUAGCUGAUCUGGGAGCAUUUGCUGUUGGAUCUUUUCUCGACACACCUAAACUAUUCUGGUCCACAUCAUCACAUGACACUCUGGACCCAACCUACACUGGACAGUACAGGUGUAUUACAGAUUUAGGAGUGUCAGCACAGACAUAUCAACUCAAUGUUGUAGUUCCACCUACCAUACUGUCAUUCAACACAUCGGAUUAUGUGGACAACAGCAACACUGUGCACCCAAUCAGUUGUAUAGGUCAGGGAUACCCAGAACCUACAGUGAAACUAAUGGUCAACAGUGUCGUAUUGACAGGCACUGCUACCAAUAAUUGUACUGCUGGUGUGUGUACAAAGACACGAACAGCAUCACUAGAUGGGAGUACCUACACACCUGGCCAGUCCAUCAAUAUUACCUGUACUGUGGAUAUCAACCAACCACCAUUCACAUGUACUAUUGCUCAGGUUUCAGCAGUACAAGCAGAGUGUAAUGCUACUGCCAAGACUACGUCACACACAAGAACUAUCCCUGUAGGCGCACCCUGUCCCCUGUUCGAUCCCUCUCAUGUUUAUGAUUUCAAUGCUACAUUCUCCAAUGUCUCUGGAACUGUUCUGGGAAUUUCAUGUCGUGCCGGCUUUACUAAGGAUACUAGUACAAGUUCCAUUGACACAAUAACAUGUCAAGAUAAUGGAAUGUGGACAACUCUUCCGACUUGUACAGAUAUUGAUGAAUGCUCACCUAGUCCAUGUCCUGCCAAUGCAACAUGUCAAAAUCUGGAGAAUAGAUUUGACUGUGGAUGCCUUCCUGGAUAUUCUUAUAACCGAGAUACAAAUGAAUGUCAAAAUAUCAAUGAAUGCUUGACUCUGUGCAAAGACAAGAGUACCAGUUGCACUGACACAGUUGGGAGUUACAAAUGUGAAUGCCAAACGGGAUUUAAUGGAACUGCACCUUCUUGCACUGAUAUCGAUGAGUGUAACACCAUGUGUAAUGGUACAUCAUCACAAUGUAACAACACUUUGGGAAGCUUUUUAUGCACCUGUGAUCCUGGAUUUACUGGCGAUGGAUUUAAUUGCACAGACACAUCUACGCUUGAAGAAAGAACUUUAGCUCCAGAUUUGAACCAAUCCGCAACAAGCACGUUAGCCCCAGCUUUUAACCAAUCCGCGACAAGCAUGUUGAACCAAUCCGCAACAAGCACGUUAGCCCCAGAUUUGAACCAAUCCACAACAAGCACGUUAGCCCCAGAUUUGAACCAAUCCGCAACAAGCACGUUAGCCCCAUUAUCAGAUGGUGGUGCAGACCCAACGUCAUCUGUGCCUGAUAUUGGGGAAACCCCCGCCCAAUCCGACUCAGUUAUGAGUACUGGGAGCACGACAACUUUCAACAGCACCUUGGAUAUUCCUAAUGGAAAGUCAAGCUUAACCGGUGGUCAAGUGGCAGGCCUAGUCAUAGGCACCUUGCUGCUGGUCGCAUUGAUUGGAGGCAUUGUGUUCACUCUGGUAAAGAAACAGUCUCCUGGAUCUGGGAAACAUAUUUCUAUGACAGAGAUGAAUGCUUAAUGACUCCAACUGGAGCGCUGGAACAGUGGGAAGACUUUCUACAAGCCUUAGCAAGUGGAAAAAGCUGACGGCCAGUUCCAGUCAUUGUUAGCAUUCCUGUAGUGUUACACCACGCAUACACAUGCAUGCAUAUGUCAACACACCUAUACACAAUUAUUAUGCAUGACUGUAAGAGGUAAUAAUCAGUACGCAUUUCACACGAUGUCACCUGAUGCCUUGAUUUCAUUUCGUGUUGGUACUUCUCUGUACUUUGAUGCUACUUGCAUGAAGCUAAUCUUGGCUUAAGGAUAUAUUGGUAGGAAAUAUUGAUAAGGAAACUUAGCAUUGAUUGAAUUGAAGCAUGCACGAGUCUGUUAAUUAGUAAUCGCCAAUCUGUACUUUCGUUGAUUAAUGUCGCUGCACUCAGCUAGAACGCAGUUGGUUGUCCAUUGAUCGGAGAGAGCAUUCUUACAGCACAUAGUGCCUAUCGUAGAUGUAAUUCCCCUGAAAUCCGUGAAGAAGUAUAUGCUCUGUGCGCUGUUACAUUUUGCCUCCGAGUACGUUAGUUUGUCAUUAGGAGUCUAUACUUUUGUUGAUACAAUAAUAUCGUUGCACUCAGCAAGAAUAAUUGAUUUUCAUCCAUAUUGGAGUGAGCAUUCUUACAACACGUGGUGCCUAUCGUAGAUUCAAUUCCACUGGUAUCUGUGAAUAAGUAUAAUUCUCAAUGCACUAUUACAUUUCGCCUCCAAGUCUGUUGCUAGUAGUUUGCUAUAAAAAAAUCGGGUAC